AUGGAAGAAAGAAAUGUUCAUCAGUUCGAAAGAGAAAAGACGUUGAUGGAAACCUUCCUUUCUCAAGCUUCAAGCUCUGAAGUUUUCCCCACGGAUGUUUUAUUUAUACAGCGUAGCUACACCGACUGUUUUGAAAACUUUGGUUAUGUUUCUGUGCGUGGUUUUUGUAGUGAAGUUUUUGGAAUAGAUCACGAUUGGUCGAACGAUGAAAACAAUGAUAGUGGAAAGAAUUAUCGCUGCGGUACCAGUGAUAGUGGAUAUGUCCGUGACAGUGGCCAGUUAUUUGCGAGUUUCGGACCUGAUCGUGAAGAGCAGCGAAGUGAAUUGGCGCAAGCUUUUACUGGUUCUGUAGAUUUUGAUGAUGUUGAACCUCAGCAGUUGAACCAUUUUGUGGAUCAGAAGAUCGACCAGCCGUCUAUCAGGAUUGCAUUAGGAGAAGAAGAACCACAAUUAGCAUUUGAGGGAGACGCUGAAAAACUGGAAAGUCGCUACCCACCAAAUUCCUCGGCUUCUAGUCCUUCGGAAGAAACAGUUGGUUUGUCAUGUCCUCUUUUAGUGCAAGGGUCAUCCUGCUCAACCGGGGAUAAGGUUUCGAAUGACAGUCAGAGCGAUUCUUCUUGUCCGGUAUUGAUCCAAGAGGCCUCUUUUCUACAGGUCGGCAAUUCGCACGGUGGUAGUGAUCCAGUUCAGCCUUCUACUUCGACUACAGCUCGUAAGUGGAAUGGUGAAAAUCCUCUGAGGCGUUUUUCAGUACUCGUUGGCAAUAAAAAGUUAAAUUUCAGAGUGUGUGACCGGACAUCAAAUUACGGAGGACUUAGUAGCACUAAUCCUGAAACAUAUGGUCUGAAUGAUAACAUUGUAUUCAAGGGUAAUAAAUGUUUUGUUUGCGGUAGAACAUUUCCUACCAAAAGCAGGUUAAGGGAGCACCAGAUGUCACAUAGUGGAGCAAAGCCCAAGCCAUGCCCAUUUUGUGGCCGUGUUUUCUACAGUAAAAACUCUCUACAAAUUCAUGAGAGAAUUCAUACAGGAGAGAAGCCAUUUCAAUGUCCUAUUUGUACAAAGUGCUUUGCUCGACAGACCAAUUAUAACAUUCAUUUGAAGUUGCAUGCUAGCGGAAGGCGUUAUUUUUGUUCAUUUUGUGGCAAAUGGUUCAGAACAGAGUCUGACAUGUUAGGCCAUCAGCGGCAGUGUUUGGCGCGGAUGCAAGGGGUUGCGGUUACUUCAGAAAGGCCACUGCGUUACCAGUGUUCUUAUUGCGAAAAAAUGUUUCAUCAUCGACGGGAUAAAAACAUACAUGAAAGGACGCACACCGGAGAACGUCCUUACUCUUGUGGGUAUUGUGGUAAAGGAUUUACACAGUCACAGGCACUGACGAUUCAUAUUAGGACUCACACUGGCGAAAGACCGUACAGCUGUGGUAUAUGUUUUAAGGAUUUCCGUGACAGCUCAGCUCUAAGGAAGCACGAGUUUAUCAAACAUACAACUGUGCGUGUUCCAAAUCCGUCACUUUCAGUCACGAAUGAUCCCGUUCUCAUUCCCAUGCCACCCCUACUGGAUUCUGAGACCCUGCCUGUAUCUGAAUGA